AUGUUUACUGUGUUUCCUAUAUCUCCUAUACCUCCUACACCUCUUAUAUCUCCUAUAUCUCCUAUACCUCCUAUACCUCCUAUAUCUCCUAUACCUUCUAUGCCUCCUAUACCUUCUAUGCCUCCUAUAUCUCCUAUACCCCCUAUACCUCAUAUACCUCCUAUAUCUCCUAUACCUCUUAUAUCUCCUAUACCUCCAAUAUCUCCUAUACCUCCAAUAUCUCCUAUACCUUCUAUAUCUCCUAUACCCUCUAUACCUCCUCUACCUAUAUAUCUAUAUACCUCUUACCCGAGGACAUAA